AUGAAUGACAGUAUGAUGGUAGUACCAUGUAUGCCAAUGCACUGUGUAAAGCUCGAGUAUUUCUACGGCCACGUUGGGUGGCAUCGAUCAAAGGGGAUAUUACUGCCUGUAGCUAAAUUGCGUGACGCCAUGGCCCUAUCUGGUCGUGCCAACAGGACCAGACAAUUUACAGCGUCGUGCCAACAGGACCAGACAAUUUACAGCGUCGUGCCAACAGGACCAGACAAUUUACAGCGUCGUGCCAACGGGACGUUCCUGUCGCCGUGUGGGGGAUCCUAUCCUUCAUGUUACACCCGUUUCGAUCGAGUGACAAGUCUGGCGCUUUCGGAUAGCUAA